AUGUCUGUUGAUUUAGCAUCAGAACCCAUCUCAGAUACUGAAAGGCAACAGUACUGUGUAGAAAUGAUGCAACGCCUCAAUAUACAGCGAAGAAAUGAGCAUUCCUGUGAUCUGAUUCUUGAAGUUGGCUCUGGUGAUGAUCAAGCCCGCUUGAAAGCUCAUAGAAAUGUGCUGUGUGCCGCAAGUCCGUUCUUUUAUAACGCUCUAAACACUGAAAUGAAAGAAAAGAAAGAAGGAGUGAUCCGACUAGAAGAAGCUAGCAAAGGUCUGAUGGAAGACAUCUUGGAAUACUUGUAUACGGGACAUGUUUACAUCAGUGAGAGGAAUGCUGUGGAUUUGCUUGCGAUGGCAGAUUAUUUGAUUAUUCCGUCCCUUAAAGUAAAAUCAUGUGAGCUUAUCUCGCAAUCAAUGUCUCACACAAAUUGCUUACUGUUCUAUUAUGCUGCUAUGAGGUACCAAUGUACUGGAUUGCAGGAACGAACGAGGAAUUUUAUCUUUGCAAACUUCAUGAGCGUGACAGGCACUGACGAUUUCCUUGAAUUGAGCAGGAAGCAAGUGGAAGAGUGGAUUUCAAGCGAUGAAAUUAAAGUGAAAAGUGAGGAAGAAGUUUUCCAGGUCAUUGUAAGGUGGAUGGAAGAGAGAGAGAUUGGAGAACAUGAGGAAUUUUUCCAACUCCUUCGUCAUGUUCGUUUCAUGCAUGUGCCCCGCAGCUAUGUUUUAAGCAACAUUUUGCCUCAUCCCUUAGUCAAAGGCUCUGAAACCUGCAUGGCAUUUGCACUAGACUCAACAAAGACCACAAGUUUGAAUGGUUUGGCUUGGCCACCAAGAAAUUGCCUCAAGAGGUGUGAAGAUGGCCUUUUUACCAUUGGGCGGGAGAAAUCUUUUUGUUACCUUCCUUCCGAAAACAAGUGGCAUGAAAUGUGUAAUUUGUUAUCUGAGACAAAAUUUCCCCCUUCCUCAAGUGCUCUUUGUAGUAAGUUGUAUGUCUCUAGGGAAGAAAUAGAGAGAUAUGACCCAUUUUCAAACUCUUGGGUUUCCUUGAUGUAUAACAGAGGUGUAGAUAAAUACAAAAGGCCAGCUUUGGUCACUUUUCAAGGUUUUUUGUUUGUGGUUGGUGGGGUAACCUCUGAAAAACGAGUUGUUGAUAAGGUGCAUAAGUACAACCCAGAUACAGACCUGUGGCAGGAGGUAGCGCCAAUGAGUGUUGCAAGGACGGGUAUGUGUGUUGUUGCUGAUGAAAGUUCUAUGUAUUCAAUAGGUGGGUGGUCACGGAAUGGAGUAGUGGAUGUUGUGGAAAAAUAUGAUCCUGAAAGAAAUUCCUGGAGCAGAGUUGCUUCAACAAGAGAAAAAAAGAUGUAUUGUUGUGGUGUAAUGGUUAACAGUAAAGUGUUUUUGUUUGGAGGAUUGAAGAGCACAGCACCAACGGUAACUUCAACCCUUACUGAAAUAUAUGAUCCUGUGUCAGAUGUGUGGACUAGUGUUCAAUAUACACCUUUAAGAUCAUUACCUGUCUGUGCUGUGAGUUUAAAAGGAGAUAUUUUUGUUUUGGUUUUGUCAAGAGAAAAUGAUCAGGUAGUCUUUCAAGUAAACAUUUACAAUGGUGACACAAAUGAGUGGAACCUUUGUGCUAAUGCGCCAACUGGAGUUCAGCUGUUCAGCUUGGCUCCAUUAAAAAUACCAAGGGACAUUUUAACA